AUGGGUUCCGUUGCUCCCAAUGUCGCCGAGCUCGAUGGCUCCAAGUUCAACAUCACUCGCUCUACCAACCUGCGUGAUGUGCCUUUGCCCGGCUCGCCCGAGGAGAUGAGCCACUCCCACUGCACCGACCACAUGGUCACCGUGCGAUGGACCGUGGAGAAGGGCUGGGAAACCCCUGAAGUGAAGCCCUACCAGAACCUGAGCAUCCCACCUACAGCCUCAGUGCUGCAUUAUGCCACCGAGUGUUUCGAGGGAAUGAAGGUGUACCGCGGAUACGACGGCAAGAUGCGUCUGUUCCGCCCCGAUUGCAAUGGUGAACGUCUGAACAGCAGCUCUCAACGUUCAUCUCUGCCCGGCUUCAAGUAUGACGAGCUCAAGAAGCUUGUUGCCAAGCUCUUGCAGGUUGACGGCGCUCGCUGGCUCCCUAACCCGGGCUCUUUCCUCUACAUCCGCCCUACCGUCAUUGGCAACGGUCCCCACCUGGGUGUCUCCGUGCCCAAGGAAGCUCUGCUUUUCAUCAUUGCCGUCCCCUGGCCUGACUUCACUAAGAUGAAGCAGGACCCCCAGGCUGCUCCUAAGAAGGGCCUCAAGCUCUUCGCUUCCUCACCGGAUACCAUCCGCGCCUGGCCUGGUGGCUUCGGUUACGCCAAGCUCGGUGCUAACUACGGUCCUUCCUUGCAGGCUCAUGGUCAGGCUCAGGCUCUUGGCUUUGAUCAAAUUCUGUGGCUGUUCGGCCAGGAUCGUCAGGUCACCGAGGCUGGCGCCAGCAACUUCUUCAUCAUCUGGCAUAACGCCGAUACCGGCAAGCUAGAGCUUGUGACCGCCCCUCUGGGCAACCAGCUGAUCCUGCCCGGUGUGACUCGCCGCAGCGUUCUCGAGCUCGUGCGCGAGCGACUCUCCCAAAAGGCCGUUGGAAGCUUGGCACCUCUUGAGGCCGUGGAGCGUACUUUGACCAUUGCUGAGAUUGAGAAGGCCUCCAAGGAGGGCCGCAUCGUCGAGUCCUUCGUCUCUGGCACUGCUUACUUCAUCACUCCCGUUGCCAUGAUCCGCAAUGAGGACAAUGACAUCUGCACCUUGGGCAAGGAUGGUAAGCCCGCUGGCUACGCGGCGCAAAUCAAGUCGUGGCUCGAGGUCAUCAUGUAUGGCAAGGAAGAGCACGAAUGGGCCUACACCAUUGAGGAUGAGGAGAAAUAA